GGCUUGACAGAACUACCAUCUGAAACGAAUACCCACAAUUUCAAGUUGUAUAAAUAAAGCUCUUCUGAGUUUCAACCAUGACUCCUUACAGCUCAGCAAAUUCCCAUCUUGAAUAUCCAAACAUCCAUUUUCAUCAAUCUCCGAUCCCAGUUGUUUCCAUUCUAAUUCCAUCACUGUUUGUCCCCUCUGCGCUAUCAACACCCCUCCGCUUCAGUUUUGACUCAGACGCGCAGGAAAUCACAUACGAGGGAGGAGCUUCUGCAUCUGAUAAAUUCAUACAGCUCAACGGCCCCGGUGGUAACCAGGAUCGAGCUAUAUAUUCGAAACCAUUGCAGCUCUGGGAAAGAGAAACAAAAGAACUCGCAGACUUAACCACUAAAUUCUCCUUUAUCAUUGACCCAAGCAAUAACACCAAUCACGGCGACAGACUAGCUUUCUUCCUCGCUCCCCGCGGGUCCACUAUUCCUGCUGCUGAUUCCAGAGGUGGCCUCCUUGCGCUAGUUAAUUCCACUUUGCCAAGCAAUUUCUCGAGAGACCAAAUCGUUGCAGUGGAGUUCGAUACUCAUCAAGACUCCUGGGAUCCGAGCGGCAACCAUAUAGGUAUCAACGUUAACUCUAUAGUUUCUGUGGCAGAUGCGAUUUGGAACAGUAGUAUGUGGGAUGGGAGGAUAGCUAAUGCUUGGGUUAAUUAUGAUUCCACUUCAAAGAAUUUGAGCGUCAUCUUGACAUAUAUUGACAGUUAUUCUGUGUUCAAAGAGAACUCCAGCCUCUCUUACGUAAUUGAUCUGAGGGACUACCUACCGGAAUGGGUCACCGUUGGUUUUUCUGCUUCCACGGGAUUUCCAGUCGAGCAGCAUAAAACUCUCAGCUGGGAAUUCGAUUCGAGCUUGGAAACCGAGACUCUGGAUCGGGCAAAUCUGGUUUCAAAAUUAAUCACGGCUUUGAGUAACGAAGCAGGUAGCCUGGGAUGCAUGGGCGUGGGUUGGUUUCUCUUGUGGAUGAAGAGGGGGAAAGAGAGAAGGGAAGGAGAUGAAGAUAUGGUACUUGACGAUUCUGUGAACGAUGAAUUUGAGAAGGGAACAGGACCUAAGAGGUUCUCGUAUGGUGAGUUGGCUCGGGCGACGAGCAAAUUUUUGGAAGAACGGAAGCUGGGAGAGGGAGGAUUUGGAGGGGUUUACAGAGGUUUCCUGAGAGAUCUCAACCUGGAUGUGGCCGUCAAGAGAGUAUCCAAAAAUUCCAAACAAGGGAUAAAGGAGUACAUGGCCGAGGUGAAGAUCAUCAGUCGGUUGAGACACAAAAACCUGGUUCAGCUUGUGGGCUGGUGCCAUCAACGAAAUGAACUGAUUCUUGUGUACGAGUACAUGCCCAACGGAAGCCUGGAUUCAUAUCUCUUCAAGCAGAAAGGUUUGUUGAGUUGGGAUUCAAGGUACAAGAUAGCUCUUGGCUUGGCCUCUGCACUGUUCUAUCUGCACGAAGGGUGGGAGCAGUGCGUCCUGCACAGGGAUAUCAAAUCCAGUAACGUGAUGCUGGAUUCGAGCUUCAACGCAAAACUUGGGGACUUUGGGCUGGCGAAGCUUGUCGACCAUGAGCAACUGUCACAGACAACCGUGCCGGCCGGCACCAUGGGUUAUAUGGCUCCUGAAUAUUGUACAUCAGGGAAGGCUAGCAAGGAGUCAGAUGUCUACAGCUUCGGAAUUGUUGCUUUGGAAAUCGCUUGUGGAAGGAGGUCUGUCGAGCUCAAAUUCGAAGAAGGUAAGAUGAUGUUGGUAGAGUGGGUAUGGGAGCUCUACGGAAGAGGGAAGGUCCUUGAAGCAAUUGAUCCGAGACUGAGAGAUAUGAGUUAUGAUGAGGAACAGGUAGAGUGUCUGAUGAUUGUUGGGCUCUGGUGUGCUCACCCAGAUCACCACAGUCGACCUUCCAUGAGACAAGUGAUGCAUGUUCUCAGCUUCGAAGCUUCAUUGCCGACUCUCCCUUCCAAUAUGCCUGUGCCCACGUAUUACUCUCCUGCGAGCGCGUGCUUCUUGUCGAAUAUCACAUCAUCCUUUGAUGUUAGUAAUACUGAAAGAGUUCGAACCAAAAGUUCGUUCAAUAGCUGCACCACCGAUGACUCAUCCAGAUUGACCACCGCUUCUGCUGCUUCUUCAGAUGCUUUCCUCUUGAAUCCACGGCGGCACGGCCAUGGAAGAAAGGAGCAGAGUGUGAAUGGUGGAGAUUUUCAUGGGGAACAGAUGGAUCAAACGAUGCCCAACACGCCAUGGUCAGAUUAUAUAAUUUGAUCUUGUUGGUUUACGACCAUAAGCUUGGUCAUAUAUAUUUUCUUUUUUUAUUUUUUGUAACCAAAACUCUGGUCAUGUAUUGUAUGAGAGAGAUGCGAGCUUGAGCUUGUUGUGAAUUUUUAGGUUGUAAUGUUCUCACUUCUAAGUACAGGUUUGUGUUUCUUCUGUUUUUUUCUUUUUUAGAGGGAGAGAGAGAGGAUACAGAACGGGGCGGGAGUUCUAUUAAUUAAAGGGAGAUGUGUUUUAUAAUCUUUAUAAGAUACUUCAGAUCUUUUGCAAUCCUGUACAUAUAUAAUUGCAGACUUCUAAGUUGAGACUGUUGGUGUUGCGCCCACUGCGUCCAGCACGGGCGCCAUUCAAGCAA